AUGUCACCGCAUGUGGCGCACAGUGAGGUACGGCACGCGCCGGAAGCAAACGACUCCAAUAUGGCGAAUGUGAGGGACAGUGAUACAUCGUUGUGGCUGCAUAAUAAGCUCGGUACAUCAAACGAUAGCUGGACCGGCAGCUCAAUUUGCUCACAACUCAAUGCCGAGGUAUUGCGGAACAUCAAGGAUUGUUUUCCCGAUUUGCAAACGCAGGUUAAACUCAAGUUACUUCUGUCGUUUUUUCACAUACCCAGACGUAAUGUUGAAGAGUGGCGUGCAGAACUGGAGGAGAUUAUUGAGGUUGCAGCUGUGGACAGUGAAUUAUGGGUAUCAAUGUUAUCCGAAGCGAUGAAAACUUUUCCAUCGACUGGUUCUUUAAAUACAGACAUCACUGAUCUGGAUGAACAUAGACCAAUUUUUGGUGAAUUAGUCAAUGAUUUACGAAAACUUCUUAAGAAACAGAAUGAUCCUGCUAUGCUUCCCUUAGAGUGUCAUUAUCUUAACAAGACUGCAUUGACUUCAGUGGUAGGUCAGCAACCUACGCCAGUCAAACAUUUUACUCUCAAGAGAAAACCAAAAAGUGCAGCCUUAAGAGCAGAAUUGCUUCAAAAAAGUACUGAUGCCGCUAGUAAUCUCAAAAAGAGUACAGCUCCUACUGUACCAGUAAGAAGCAGAGGAAUGCCAAGAAAAAUGACUGAUACAACACCUUUGAAAGGAAUCCCAAGUAGAGUUCCAACGAGUGGUUUUCGGUCCCCAUCGCUUACAAACACUUCUAUGUCUAAUAGAACAUCAAUCAGCAGAAUUCGAAAGGAUGGUGGUAUUAAAUUGCUCGAUAUUACUGAGCAACCUAUGGGAUUUGUAGCAAAGAAGAGGAAAAAGAUGAUGGACUUCGAAGAGCAACAGAAAAAAGCAGUGGAAGCACAAGCGACCAUUGUGGCAGAAAAGAAUUCAGCAGCUCCAUCAGUUGUAGAAACGACCACUCCGGAGUACGCGCAAGGAUUGGCCUCAAUAAAUCCGCCUGCUACACCUGUUACACCAACUGUAGUAGUUACAACACAAUCCUAUACCGCACCUAGCACGCCAAGCAGUAUUUCAGUUACAACUACGCAGCAAACACCUACUACGUUAACUACUACCACUACCACAACACCCACUGCUGUAUUGGCAGUGACUACACCGACGGUGAUAACACCUGUGGAAAGUACGCCAGUAGCUGUGCAAACUGUCAGACCAGCUCAGACAGUCACACAGAUUCGUAUACAGACUACUACGACUAAUGCGGCAGCUAAUCCAAGAAAAGGCCUAUCUCUUACACGAGAACAAAUGUUAGAAGCACAAGAAAUGUUUAGAACUGCAAAUAAAGUAACGCGUCCAGAAAAAGCUCUUAUUUUAGGUUUUAUGGCUGGUUCAAGGGAUAAUCCCUGUCCAAAAUUGGGUAAUAUAGUCACAGUGAUGCUUUCGGAGAAUGUAGAAGAAGUAACACAGUCUGACGGAACAAUUGUCCCGAUGUUGGUUGAAACUCAUUUCCAAAUGAAUUACACGAAUGGAGAAUGGAAGAGGAUAAAGAAAAAUCGACGUAUUGUAACGGAGGAAUCUACAUCAACGUCCACUCCUACGCCAAACGCGACCGCCACAGCUUCCAAUUGA